CGCACAUAGAGCACUCGCUGCUCAUCUUCUUUCAAUUUGAUCAAAUGGUGGAUCUACGGCUUCAAUGCUCAGGGGCUGCUCAACCUUAUGUCCGACCAAAUACGAUGAUGACUCUUCUUCACAGCAUCUAGACAUCAGACCACGGGAGCAAUAACUUAACUUAGAUCGUGAGAGCCGAGAGGUUGGUAACAUGAAAUAUAUUUAAUGCAAAUAUAUAGAAGCUGUAAAAACAAACAAGGGCAUAUUCUUACAGGGCAAGCGAGGGCAAGCGAGCGCAUUACACUGGACAAUGGUUUGCAUCUUCAUAAACAUUAAUUCUUUUCAUAAUUUCUAAAAACCAUUAACUGUAUUGAGUGCUGAUUAGGAGGACUGGCAGAAUGAUGACAUGAAGAACAGUGAGAAACAAAGGAGUGUGGCAGGCAGCUUCUUGAGAAACAAAGCAAUGUGGCAGGUAGCUUCUUCUUCUUUAUGGCUAAGGAACAACAAGAGCACACUGGAUGUGAUUAAUGAGAUUUAAGGAACUCAUCCAUGUUCAUUUGUCCUCAAUAAAAGAGGAUUAUCAGGAUUGUGAAAGAUACACUCAAAUUAGAUGGCCUCUCUUACUUAUUCAUUAUCACGAACCCUCAUAAGAAAUUCUGUGAUCGGCCACACAAGAACAUUCUCAAGAUGCAUGAGCAACAUGCCCGAGAAUACAGUGUAUGGUGGUCCCAAGCUGCAGGACCCAAACAAAAGAACAACGCUCGCCACUCUGAGACAGAAACAUCAGAAGGGGGAGCCCAUAACCAUGGUCACUGCAUAUGAUUACCCUUCUGCGGUGCAUCUUGACAUGGCCGGGAUUGACAUAUGUCUCGUGGGCGACUCUGCUGCCAUGGUGGUUCACGGCCAUGACACCACUCUGCCCAUCACCCUUGACGAGAUGCUUGUGCAUUGUCGAGCUGUUGCCAAAGGGGCUAAAUGCCCUUUCCUUGUUUGUGACCUCCCUUUCGGUAGCUACGAGUCAAGCACCACUCAGGCUGUUAAUGCAGCGGUGAGGGUAUUGAAGGAAGGAGCGAUGGAUGCUAUCAAGUUGGAAGCUGGUGCACCAUCCAGAAUUACAGCGGCUAAAGCCAUUGUUGAAUCAGGAAUUGCUGUUAUGGGGCAUGUUGGACUUACCCCUCAGGCGAUAAGUGUUCUUGGAGGAUUUAGGCCCCAAGGUAGAAAUGUCUCUAGUGCAGUCAAGGUUUUAGAAACUGCAUUGGCUUUCCAAGAAGCAGGGUGCUUUGCCGUUGUCUUAGAAUGUGUGCCACCACAAGUGGCAGCGGCCACAACAUCUGCUCUUAAGAUUCCCACCAUAGGCAUUGGCGCUGGACCCUUCUGCAGUGGUCAGGUUCUAGUUUAUCAUGAUUUAGUUGGGAUGAUGCAACAUCCACAUCACGCCAAGGUUACUCCCAAGUUCUGCAAACAAUUCGGCAAUGUAGGGGAUGAAGUCAACAGAGCACUUUUGAAAUACAAGGAAGAAGUGACUAACGGUUCUUUCCCCGGUGCGGCAUACAGCCCGUAUAAAAUCAGCCCCGCUGACAUGGACGGUUUCCUGCAACAGCUGCAGAAGUUGGGCUUCGACGAUGCAGCAUCUGCAGCAGCAAAAGCCUCAGCCGAGAUCAUUGAGACUCCGCCACCCAACUGAUAAGGGAAAGCUGGAAGGUAAUUUCAUUUAAAGACUCUCCCAUGGGGCUAUGGAAAGUUAUGAAUGUGACUUGGGAUGAUGACCACAAAAUGCACCAUGUCAGCUGCUGGCCCUUCCUUAGCCUACAUGUUUCAUCUCCACUUUGGGGCUUUUCAUCUUUCUUCCCCCCUUCAUGUCUUUGUUUCGAUGUGAAAUUGGGCUAAGAGCGUUUACAAUGGGGCGGAUUCUUGCCCGCCCCAUUGUAAGUGUUUCAAGGCCCGCGAGGCUUUGAUAUCUUAACAACUGAAUGCAACGAUUUUGUUGAACAUAUAUUCCCUCCGUUUUUAAAAACAUUUUACGUUUACUCACCACUGAUUACGGAUUACAACUUUUGAAAGUUUUUAAAUAUGCAAGUUUUACUUUUUAUAUCUAUAUCAAUUUUUAACACGUAAAUAAAAUCAUUUUAAAAAAAAUUUGGGAUUUUG